AGGGAGAGGGAGAGAGAGAGAGAGAGACUAGGGAGAGAUGGAGGGCGACGCGACCCGGGUGAUGAUCGGAGUGAACGAAUCUACGAUCAAGGGGUAUCCCCACGCGUCGAUAAGCAGCAGAGGAGCUUUCGAGUGGACUCUCCACAAGAUCGUCCGCUCCAAUACCUCCGGCUUCAAGCUACUCUUCCUCCAUGUCCAAGUCCCCGACGAAGACGGUUUUGAUGAUAUGGAUAGUAUAUAUGCAUCUCCGGACGAUUUCAAGAGCAUGAACCUCAGGGACAAGGCAAGAGGAAUUCAUCUGCUGGAGUACUUUGUCAAUAGAUGUCAUGAAGUCGGGGUACAAUGUGAAGCAUGGAUCAAGAAAGGAGAUCCAAAAGAAGUAAUCUGCCAUGAGGUGAAGCGAGUUAGGCCUGAUCUGCUUGUCGUGGGAAGCAGGGGUCUUGGCCCUUUCCAAAGGGUAUUUGUCGGGACUGUGAGCGAGUUUUGCGUGAAGCAUGUGGAGUGCCCUGUUAUAACCAUCAAAAGGUCUGCAGAUGAAGCUCCUCAGGACCCUGUCGACGACUGAUUGAUUUCCGUUUUGGUGUGUAUGACAAAUUUUAUCAUCAUGCUAAUAUGCCAUUGAUUCGAGGAUGUAUUGAGUUUGCAAAUCGUAUGUCGUCAUGUAUGGCAGUGUUAGCACUUGGUGUCCUUGGUUCAUCUUUUGUGA